CCCUGGCAAGUUGGGAGUAGAAGCCCCUCUGAAGAAAGAAUCCACAGGCUUGGAUGACCCAUUGGCUGAAGCAAGGGGAGGGCCUGGCAACCCUGGGGACUUGGGGAAAGGAAGCUCUUGUUAGCCUUCCAGAGCAGCAGAGCUGCUGCAGUGCUUGUGUUAGUUGCGAGAACUGAGUGUAGUUAACUCGGAAAGGCAAGUCUCAGGCUAAAAGCAAAUGGAAACUAAAGACUUCUAGAAAAUGGGUCCGGGGCCCACCGGCUCUGCUUCUUAGGAGCUGCGACCCUGCCCAAGUCACUCAGCUUCCUUGUCUUCAAAAUGGGAACAAAGUCUGCCCAGUCCCCUCGGAGAGAUGUGGGGAAGGGCAGAGGUCAUGUAUGCGACAGUGCUUUGUGCACAGGAAAAGCUUGUGCAGCUGCAGGCCGCUUCAUUACCAUGGCUGCUGAUGUGCCGGCCUGCACGGUGACCCCGCUGCGGGUCAGGGAGCCUUCCUUCCUGAGGCACCCCUGACUCCCAGGUGACGUAGCUGCUGGCUCUCUAUUACCUGGGGUAAUGUUGAAAACCGCUCCCUUCUGGAAAUUGAGCCUGGGGGUACCUGGAUGACCAAUUAGGUCUAAGAUCGGUCACCUCCCACCAACUUGCUGCGUUCCCCUGAUGGGCUCCGUGCACACGGCGCAGGGCUGAGACUGAGCCCUCCCUCCAGGAGAAAGAGAAGAGGCAGGGGAAGGGCCGGAGGUGGGCAAGCCUCACCCGUGUACAGUUCAGAGUGGAGUGGAAGGUGAUUUCUCCCCCAAGUGGGGCUCCUUGACCUGUUUCUCACAGAGAAAACCGUGGAGCAUUUGUCUCAAAGUUCCCAGGAAGAGGGGAAAUGAUGCAACUGCAUCCUGUUUUGCCACCGGCCUAGGGAAGGGGACCCAGAUGGGGACAGCAGUAGAUGGUGGCAGUGAUGGGAGGACUGGCAGAAUCCUGGGGCCCGCAGAGUUGGGGGAACAGGCUUGAGGAGGGGACCGAGGUCCGUGAGCCAGAGCCUGCGGCCCUCCUUCCGUUCUGUCCCGACCUUGCUCCAUCCAGUAGCGUCAGGUGGCCUGGUGGCCUGCUUCAUUCUCCCAGCCAUCCCCCUUCAGGAUGUGGCCUGGCUUUCCCCUGCUGCCUACACCCUGGCUUCCUGGCUUCCUUCUGGCUCACCGGCAGCUUCCUGUCUCGGGGAAGGGCCGCUUCCGGUGCCACCUGUCUCUGGUCCGGGUCUCUCCCCAGUGCUUUCUCUUCUGCCCCUUCCAGCCCCUUGGCUGUUUCCAUCCGUUUCCCUCCCACGGAGCCUCUGCUCCCCCCCACCCCAAGCCAGACUCUGUCUUCCGCCGGCUCCUUUCCAAACCCGGGCCCCUUGCAGUAUUACUUUUCCUAAAACACAGCAGCUGUGCAUUUUGCUGGCCUCCCCAGCUGUUCUGGUCCUUGACCACAGAGGUCAUGUUAUUUGUGACAAUAAAUAGAAAAUGAGAUGGAGAGGGUUGCCCAGUGCCUCGGGGCUGCCCUUCUAGCUGCCUGCAUUCCUACUGGGAACCAGUAAUAGUCAUAAAAAGAAUAAAGCUAAGGCUUUCACUCUCCGUUUCCUCUUAAUCAUUUUCCAGAUGCUGUGCUAAAUAUUUCAUAUGUGUUACUGCAUUUAAUCUUCAUCAUAACCCGAGACGUAAACUCAUUGUCAUCCUCACAAUCAAGGGAAACUGAGGCUCAGAGAGCUUCUAUAAUCUGCCUGACAUUAUCUGCGAGAGUCAGUGGCAGAAUGAGACUAGAACUGAUGGCCGUGUCCGCCUCCUCACUUUGGCGAUGUGUCCGCCUUCUGUGGGAGGAGAGUUGCCACACGCCCAGGCCUCCCCUCAGCCCACUUAAGCUUCGAGUUCCCCUUUCCCCCAGUUGCCUGUUGCAACUAAUAACCAACCCAGAUCAGGAAGCCUGUGGUGUCGUUCUCAGAGCUGUGCUUUGUUUGCUCUUUUCUCCAUAUCCAAGACAAUGGAAGGACCUUCAGAUGGACGCAAUGAGCCCCUGAAGAAGGAGCGGCUGAAGUGGAAGAGCGACUAUCCGAUGACCGACGGGCAGCUGCGGAGCAAGCGGGAUGAGUUCUGGGACACGGCGCCCGCCUUUGAGGGCCGCAAGGAGAUCUGGGACGCCCUCAAGGCUGCCGCCUACGCGGCUGAGGCCAAUGACCACGAGCUGGCCCAGGCCAUCCUGGACGGAGCCAGCAUCACCCUGCCUCACGGCACGCUCUGUGAAUGCUACGAUGAGCUGGGCAAUCGCUACCAGCUACCCAUCUACUGCCUCUCGCCGCCUGUGAACCUGCUGCUGGAACACACCGAGGAGGAGAGCCCGGAGCCCCCCGAGCCCACCCCCAGCGCCCGCCGAGAGUUCCCGCUGAAGGUGCGCCUCUCCACGGGCAAGGACGUGAGGCUCAGCGCCAGCCUGCCUGACACAGUGGGGCAGCUCAAGAGGCAGCUGCACACCCAGGAGGGCAUCGAGCCAUCCUGGCAGCGAUGGUUCUUCUCCGGAAAGCUGCUCACAGACCGCACGCGGCUCCAGGAAACCAAGAUCCAGAAGGAUUUUGUCAUCCAGGUCAUCAUCAACCAGCCCCCGCCGCCCCAGGACUGAGGUGACCACGGACCCCUGGGCAGAGAGGCCGAGGAGGGUCUCCGCAGGGCUGAGAGGCCUUCCGGCUGGAGCACUGGAUGCCCCCACCCUGCCGCUGCCUUGGAGAGCUGUUCUUUUCUUUGGAGGCAUCUCCCCAAAUAUGGCUGCUGGGCGAGCCCUGAGGGGGACCCUGCUUCCCGGGGCCACCAGUGCCCAGCACCCAGGAAACAGUGUGCUGCCACACACAGGCCUUGCCACCCUUGUCAGAGAAGAGGCAAACCAGGGCCCUCCAGCCUGCCUCUCUCCUGCGGCAGGUUCGAGCCACAAGGGCCAGCCCGGAGGCCCCCGGAGUCCAGAUCUGUCAUUGGGUGCUGCCGGCUGUGCCCACUCCGUUUUUCUGCUCAGGGUCUGAAGCAGCUGCUGUUUCCCUCCUCUGUCCCCACCCCCUGACUCUGCCCUGGGCACAGUGCCAGUCCCCCAGAGGGGAAGGGGACUCAUGAGCCCCAGGGGCGGGGAGCCUGAGGCCGGCCUCUGCCUCUCCCAGCCCCCAGCACAAUAGGCAGAGAUGCAGCGCUGGCGGGGUGGCUGGGCUGUUGUGGCAGGGGUCUGCGCAGGGCCGUCUCCUGGCUCUAGCCCUGGUAGCGGUGGCAGGGGAGGGGGGCCCUGCAGCCUGGCAGUGGCCCCACAGCAGGUCCCUGUGUACAGACAUAUCUGCAUAUUUAUCAAUAAAGCCUUUUUGCUCCUUCCC